CUAAUGUUUUUAUUUAUUUUUUAACAUAUAACCCUUUUAAAAACAUGCUUCAGUUCACAUUUCACAACAAAGAAACAAACAACCUUUAUUUGUCACAUACACAAUCAUACAGGGUACAACAUGUAGUGAAAUGCUUGUGUCUGAACUGCAGACAUUUAAUUCCAGAAAUUCAGUAACCAACGUAUAAACAUCAUCUGUGCAAAGUUUUAUGUUUCUAAAGUGAAACAGUUAAAAACUUACAGCACUGCCAAUACAUAAAUAUCCAGACGUUGAACAAAAAUGCCCAAUUUUGGCACACAUUGAACACCAUGUCAGUUGAAUUUUUUAGGUGUUAAAGAGCAGAAAUUAUUUAAUUUUAUUAACAGGCCUAAAAAUACUUUUUGAGCCAAUAUUUUUUUCUUUUCUAACUUUUUUUUUUUUAAGUUGAACAACUAAACAACAAAUAUACAUAAUAAUGCAAUUAUAGAAAGGGCAGGAAAAAUUUCACAGCUUGCAGUAUCUUUUACAACUCAUGUAUACAAAUACAAGUCGGUAAACAAAAAAGGAAUACAUUAGGAGAAAAAAAACAAAAUAAAUGAUUAAAAAAGAAAAAAGGGUGCUCGAGGUAUAAAUAAACAACGUAUAAAUCAAGUGAAACAUUCGACACAGCUCUUGUGUUUUACAUGCUUUGGAAUUUGUGCUGUUCUUUAGAUUCUCUAGAUAAUUGUGGUCAUUUUUGUGGUCUUCUUUUGCGGCUCUUUCAGUGAAUUUUAGUCAGAGCGUGGUGAAACUUGGUGUUUGGAAUCGGUGAUAGCUCUGGAAGAUAACCAGCCUUUCUUUAUCCGGUUACAUGAGGUCUGAUGAAUUUGUGGUUCAGUUUUGUUUGUUUAGUGGACUUGGUGUGCAUUUACGUAACUGCUCUUUUAAUCAUGGCUUGUUUUCGUUGUGUUUGGUGGUUGUAGAAAUGGUUUAUAUGAGAUUUUAGCUGAGAUGUGCCCACAGAGUGAAUGUAAAAUGCAAAUGAAGCAGUAGAAACAGUCUACGUCAUUUCCUGGAUGCUGUACGAAAAGAAACGGUAAGAAAUCGAAGGCGUGACCGUUAUGACUUGGUAAUAUAAUAUCUGUGUGUGCGCUGAGUAAGUCCUCUGUAAAAUGGCAGAGUGGGAUCAGGUUCGCCACAACUUGUUCUCCAGGGACUCCUCUCUGCAAAAGUUAGCCUUACAGAGGAUAUCGGCUUGGAGGGACAGGUGUCCUAAGGUAUCUUCUGUGGAGAUUGACUGCACGGCAGAUCUGGUUCGCUGCCAGGUGCGUGACCAGUCCGGACCGCUAAACAAGAAAGAGAUGGCGAUGAUGUACGAGAUGGCCUUGGUGAGGUUUGUUAGCCUCAUCACAGAGGGCAAAAAGAGGAGGAAGCCCCGGACGAUGAAGACCGGGGCUAAAAAGCUAAACAUCCCAGAGUGGUUGGUCGAUGUGAGGCACAGGCAAGUUCACCGGAAGACUCCUCCAUCCCUGAAGUCAUUGCUACAGGGAUGUGAGGCGGCCCUGGAGUGGCUCAAAGAAGAGUACUGGGCCAAGUAUAAGGAGACUGACCUCAAGCGGCAGGAAGGUGGCAUAUUAAAUAGAAUCAGAAAGUUUGCCAUGAAGUUCAGUAAUCUGUUUAUUGAUGUGCUGCUGGAGGAUGGAUUUCUGGUUCCUACAGUUGAACAGCUGGAAGAAUUGUGCUGUGACACCUCCAGUGCCAGUCUGAGCCCAGAUUUCCUAAAAGGUUUCUGCGCUUUUGGCUGCCCCUGCUCAAGAUGGUCAGCUCACCAUCAUUUAUUCAAGUCUUCCUCGAGAAGCUCUUCAUGAAGCAGAAACUGCUCACCAAAGAGCCCAAUGGUCACAGGGCUUUUUACAUCGCGGCCUGGAUUGUGCAAUGGGAAGAAAGGUGCCAGGAGCAAGGGCAGGAUCUUUAGGAACUGGAUCCAGCUAAAGUGGAUGGACUCAAUAUCGUUGUGCAUAGAUGUCCCCUCCAUCAGCAUGCCUCACCUGCUCCAGUUAAUCCUGGAUGACAUGGAGCACUGAAAUCAAAAUGUAAAAAUAAAAUGUGUUCAGAGAUAUUAGUAAUGUUCAUAGUUGAGGUGGAUCAGUCUUUAAGUUGAUUAUUUCAUGUAACAUAUAUCCCUAUGUUUUUAUGUCUUUUAAUUAUCUUAAUUGUACAGCACAUUGGUUGAUGUGUUAAAUGUGCUAUAAAAAUAAAUUUGACUUUGACAUUUCUGAUUUGAAGAGCCUGUUUUUUUUAUUUUGAUCAUUUCUGUACAGCUGAUCAGAGUUGAUUUCACCCGAGGUCGUUAACUAAAACAACAAUUUGUUCAAAAGACAAAAUUUUGUGAGAGAUUUAACAAAGUAAAAGGUUUGAUUAUUCUGUUCUCUGUUAAUUCAACUCAGUGUUUACAUGAGUAAACAUAAACUAUGGGGGUGUCCAAAUUCAGAGGCUGCAUCCUCCUGAGGCCACAUUUUUUAUUUUUGUUAUUUUUUAUUUUCAAAAAUACGUAGGACCAUGGUUAGAGAAGUCAAAUAUACCAAAUAUCCACAGAUUCAUCAGCACACUCAGGUAGUGCAGCUGUAAACUGCCGGGCUACUAGCAUGUUUGAAAUACAGAGGUUGCUGUUCAAAACCACUCUGUGGCUCAUCAGCUAAUGGGGUCCUGAGCUGUGCUUAAAGAACCGGUAAAGUGGCUCAAGGAGGAGUUCUGGGCCAGGCAGUUCAGAGGAGAGGAUGAGGAAGCUGACCUCAAGCAGCAGGAGGAUGACAUCCUACAAAAGGUCAAGCAGUUUGGUUUGGAGUCCAGUGAUCUGUUGACUGAUAUGCUGCUGCUAGAUGGAUUUGUGGUUCCUGCAGUGGAGUAGCUUUAGGAACCGCUGAGUUCCUGUGCUUUUGGCUGCCCCAGCUCACCAUCUUCCUCAAGCAGCUCUUUAUGAAACUGAAGCUGCUCACCAAAGAGUCCAAGAGUCACAGGGCUUUCUACAUAUCUGCGUGGACUUCAGAAGUCAUCCUCUGCAACUGCAACAAAUGUGCCAAAAAUAAGGAGAGAAUUUUCACAGACCGCAUCCAGCUGAGGUGGCUACGACUGGUAUCGCUGUGUCUGGAUGCCCCCUGCAUCAGGAUGCCUCACCUGCUCCAGCUGAUCCUGGAUGACAUGGA